AUGAAGAGCUUUGUCGCUAUCGCAGCCUUCGCUGCCGGCACCAAUGCCCUUGUCGGCCGCAGUGAUAGCUGCUGCUUCCACCUGACUGCCUCUGGUGGUGUGUCUGGAUCCCUUGGCCAGCUCACUGAUGGUCAGGUCCGUGUUGGUGAUGACAGCUUGUCUGCCGCAGACUUCUGCAUUAACUCUAGCGGUGCUAUCACUGACAGUGCUGGUCGUGGCUGUAUCGUCACCUCCGAGACUACUCAGUUCCAAUGUGACACUGGUGCCACUGCCACCACCGGCUUCUCCAUUACCUCGUCCGGUGGACUGGAAUACCACGACAGCCCUUACUUCAUUGCUUGUGAGACUGGUGAGAACGGUGGCCGCAACAUCUACACCACCAACAGCACAUCUGUUACCCAGUGCAAGAGCGUCGAGCUGACUGCCGAUUCUUGCUCUGGCUCUGGUGCUGGUGCUUCUUCGUCUCCUUCCUCUUCUGCUGCUCCCUCUUCUAGCAUGCCAAUGGCCUCUAGCAGCAUGUCCAUGGCUUCGAGCAGCACUCCUGUUGCCCCGGCUCCUAGCUCCACUGCCCCUGCUCAGAGUUCUCCUGCUCCGGCCGAAAGCUCCCCUGCUCCGGUCCAAAGCUCUCCUGCUGCUGGCUCUUCCCCUGCCCCCUCUGCCGCUACUCUCUCGGGCUCGCCUAUCUACGUGACAAGCACUGUCACUGUGACUGACUGCAGCUGUGCUAGCGGCACUCCUGGCUCCCCUGCUCCCAGCAGCGGUGGAGCUCCUGCUCCUAGUGCCUCUGCUGCUCCAUCUCCUUCUGGCGGCGCUGAGACUUCUGGACCUGCCGGUGGCUCUUCUCCCACCACUUCGAGCCCUGUUCAGUCUAUGGCACCUACCACUAGCUCCAUGGCUGUCCCCUCCCCCAGCUCCUCCGCUAGCCAGUCUUCCGCUGCUACUACCGCGACCUCGUCCUCUGCCAGCAGCUGUGCCACCACUCUCACCUCUGGCGAGUACCAGUACCCCCACCUUAUCGUUCCCAUUAACUCUUCCGCUCCCUCUACUGCCUACGGUACCCAGUACUUCGGCACAGUGAGCGAGACCGUCUCGACCAUCUUCAACUUCGACAUCCCGUCCUCGUACGAGGGUUCCACUUGCAACUUGGUCUUCAUGUUCCCCGAGAAGGCUGACCUCGAGACCUCCGACUACACCUUCUCUGGUGAUGGCAAGAUUGACUUCUCCAAGCUUUCUGAGGUUGCUAGCAGCUCUACCUCUUAUGACAACGCCCCCUCCGUCUCCGAGGAUCUUGGUGAUAUCACCAUCACUGCCGGCAACACCUACGUUGUCUCUACCUUCACUUGCCCCGCUGGCGAGACUGUUGCCUACGAGAUGUCCGAGGCUGGUAGCACUUACCUCUACUUCUUCGAGGACUACAACCCCUCUCCUCUGGGUCUCUACAUCACCAAGUGCUAA